AAAUAAAUCAUUAUCACAAUGUUUGAAGCUCAUAAUUUAUAUGCUGAACAUAAGGAUUUAAUUCAUGACAUUGCAUAUGACUAUUAUGGACAGCGAAUGGCAACAUGUUCUAGUGACCAGUUUGUUAAGGUCUGGGAUGAAGAUGAACAUGGAAAUUGGCGGUUAUCAGCAUCCUGGAAAGCUCACAGUGGUUCCGUGUGGAAAGUAACUUGGGCACAUCCCGAAUUUGGUCAAGUUUUAGCCACAUGUUCUUUUGAUCGUACUGCUUCAGUUUGGGAAGAAAUUGUAGGAGGAAGUGCAGGUCCUGGAGAGCGUGGUAUGCGCCAUUGGAUUAGACGUACAAAUUUAGUGGACUCCAGAACAUCUGUCACUGAUGUAAAGUUUGGUCCAAAGACAUUAGGAUUGGUUUUAGCAACUUGCAGUGCAGAUGGAGUUAUUAGAAUAUAUGAAGCUCCAGAUGUAAUGAACUUGAGUCAGUGGACACUUCAACAUGAUAUUAAUUGUAAGCUUGCGUGUAGCUGUAUAUCAUGGAACCCCUCAUUGUCAAGAUUGCAUCCACCAAUGAUUGCAGUUGGAAGUGAUGAUACAAAUCCUUCGGUUGGUGGUAAAGUGUUCAUUUACGAAUACUCGGAAAAUAGCAGACGGUGGACAAGAACAGAAACUCUAUCUAACGUUGUUGAGCCCGUUCACGACAUUGCGUUCUCACCAAACUUGGGAAGAACUUAUCACACAUUAGCAAUCGCUACCAAAGACGUGCGAAUAAUUACUUUAAAACCAAUUCAAGAUACAGCACAAAAUGGCCUUUCACGUUUUGAGAUAACGACAGCAGCACAAUUUGAUGAUCAUUAUUGUACAGUUUGGCGUGUCUGUUGGAAUAUAAUGGGGACAAUUUUAGCAAGUUCUGGGGAUGAUGGAUGCGUACGAUUGUGGAAAGAUAAUUACAUUAAUAACUGGAAAUGCGUUGCAGUACUGAAAGGCGAUGGUACUUCAACUUUAAGUGCUGAAGUAUCGCAGAACGCCACACCACCAGGACAAUCAACAGGCACACAAUUACCAUUAUCAACCACCAGGACAGUAGCUAUUGCAACAAUGUCCGCUGAGAAAUCCGUCGUAAGUGUUCCAUCAAUGAAUAAAUGGCAAACACCUGUGAUAAAAGGAAGAUUUAGUAAGACUGUUUGGUUGGGUAAUCCGAGUGAAUCGUUGCCACCACCACCAAUCCCAGAAUAUUCCCAAGUAAAAAAAUAAUACUCGUUUAACUGACUACAUUCUAAUUAUUUAACUGGUACGAAAAUUCCUACAUAUUAUCAAAUUGAAUGGAAGUAUUUUCAAUUUAGACAUUCUCACAGUAAAUUUAUCCUGUUAUUGAAAUAGCAAUGAAAUAACCAAUCACAGAGAAAAUAUUUGAAAUUGUUUGAGCGAGAAUUUUUGUAUCAACAAAACUUUCAUGACUCAGUACACUUUUUCAACAGUAUUAAAUCAUUGAAUAAAAACGAUUAUUUAUUUUAAAAUAUUUACAAUGUAAAAAAACAAUAUUAUGCAAGUAAUUAGGGAUACAUCGAGUAAUGCUAAGCUUAGGACACGAGGUUGAAUAUUAUUUACCAUUAGACUAUGUCGUUUGAUGAAUCAUUACUUUUGUCAUUUUUAUUGUAUUUCUUUGUUCAAUCUUUAAUUUGUUUAGUAUAUAAGAUGUAUAGGCAGUAAGUCAACAGAUUGGUGCUCGGGUGCACUCUUAUCUUUUAAUUUAUCGAGAGCUUUUCUCUCAGUAUUGUUCAUUUAUCUCGUUUGAAAUCAACACCCUAUAUAUUUACAUUUAUUCUAUUGACAUCAUUGAUUCAUUUUUAAUUAUUAUCUUUAAUUAUUCGAGUAAAAAAAAGCCUCAAUUUUUCAGGAUUAUUUAUUUCUUUAUAUAUAGUUAGACGGGAUGCUCAUUUUUUCUCAUCAUUUUCUUUAUCACUUCGUACAUAUUUUUCACUAUUUGUUUUUCUAACUUAUAGGAGCUUGGGAAAAUGUUUAUAAAAAGAUGUUUUCUAGCUACAAAUACGAUAAAGACUUAAUUAAAAUACGUAUUUUAUAUAAAAUCGUACCGCUUUGCAUUGCGAUUUAUCUAGAGAUUUUCAUCAUACAAUUUUUUUUCUUUCAUUUAUCAAUGCAUAAAGACAAAUGUGAUGAUGAAUUUUUGUGAUGAAUCUACUGGUGGUAGUAACAAUGAUCAGAUUAAAAUUGUUUGCUUUUUGUAUUACUAUUAUGAAUUCUUAUUUAUUUAUUUAUUAAUGAUUAGUUAAAAAUGUUUAACAUCAACAAUUGUUACUACCACGUUACACUUUAUAUAUUUAAACUAUUGAUAAGAAAAUUCUUUACUAUCUAUUAUAUUGUUAAGUCACAAUAAAUGCAAAUUUAUUAUAAAUCACAUUUUGGGGGAAAAUUUAUCAAUU